GCUUCCAGCACACACCCGGACAGAACAGGCUCCUCCAGUGCCAGGAUGCCUACCCCUGCCUCCUGGACCCACCAGUCUCCUUGCCUGCUGCUGGCUUUACUGCUGGGACUCACAGCAGGAGCAGCCGGCGAGGAGGAGCUGCAGGUGAUCCAGCCUGACAAGUCCGUGUCGGUGGCAGCUGGAGAGACGGCCACUCUGCGCUGCUCCCUGACCUCCCUGCUCCCUGUGGGGACAGUCAGGUGGUUCAGGGGGUCGGGUCCAGGCCGGCAGUUAGUCUACAGUUUCAAAGGAGUAAAAGAUGAAGGCCCCUUCCCCCGAGUAACCAGUGUCUCAGAUGUCACAAUCAGAGACAACAAGGACUUUUCCAUCCGCAUCAGCAACAUCACCCCAGCAGACACUGGAGUCUACUACUGUGUGAAGUUCCAGAAAGGAAGCCCUGACACAGAAGUGAAGUCGGGACCAGGCACGCAGGUCACCGUGAGUGCCAAACCCUCUCGCCCUGUGGUAUGGGGACCCACAGAGAGGACCACCCCUGGGCAGACGGUGACCUUCACCUGCCAGUCCCACGGCUUCUCCCCCAGAGACAUCAGCCUGAAGUGGUUCAAAAAUGGGAAUGAGCUGCCAGCCGCCCGGCCCAACGUGGACCCCCCAGGAGAGGCCGUUUCCUACAACGUCUCCAGCACAGCCACGGUGCCGCUGGCGCCGGGGGACGUCCGCUCCCAGGUCAUCUGCGAGGUGGCCCACGUCACCCUGCAGGGCAGCCGUCUUCGCGGGACAGCCAACUUGUCUGAGACCAUCCGAGUCCCGCCCACCUUGGAGGUUUCCCAGUAUCCCGCGGCAGGGAACCAGGUGAUUGUCACCUGCCAAGUGAAGGAGUUCUACCCCCGGAACCUACAGCUGACCUGGUUGGAGAACGGAAACGUGUCCCGAACAGAAAAGCCCUCGACUCUCCUGGAGAACAAGGAUGGGACCUUCACCUGCACGAGCUGCUUCCUGGUGAACGCUUCUGCCCACAGGGGGAAUAUGGUGCUCACCUGCCAGGUGGAGCAUGACGGGCAGCCUGCGGUCUCCAAAGCCCUCACCCUGGCGGCCUCAGCUCACCAGGACAAGCAGGACACCGGUGUAACUUCAGGUCAGACACCGGAGGGCCCCCCAAACUGUGGAGACCAUCCCUGGGGAGCCGGUGGCCUGGACUCCCUCACCCCGGAGCUGCCUGCACUCUCCUUGCACCAUGGCAAAGAGCAGUCGAUGCCACUCCUCAUCGCUCUCCUCCUGGGCUCUAAGGUGCUGCUGCUGGUGGGUGUCUCUGCCUCCUACAUGCACAGGAAGCAGAGGCCUGACUGCUGACCCCAGAGCUGGCUUCAUCCAGGGUCCGCUCAGGAAUGCACACCCGCAGAAUUCCAAAUCACCCACUUUCAGUUCUCAUCACAUGGCCAAAGUGCAGUGGGAUGGGAACAAGGGGCUGCUGGGAAUGAGACCCAGAGAGGGACGACGCCAGUCACUGCAUCAGAGCUGGUUCCACCAUCGUCGGCCACAAGCCAGGGAAGAAAACGGAAACUAGGGCAGGUCGUGCAAUUUGCUCUAAUGAGAAAACCACAUUAAAACUCGCUUUGACUCUACAACAAGCAUGCCUUCAUCUCAUCCCGCGUAGCCCUUGAAGGAUAUUAUAUGACUGCUUUUUCCACUGCUCUGUAGUCUCCUAUUGAGGAAUAUGCCACAAUUUAUAUUUCUUCUCAUACUGGAUAUUGAAGCUUUACGUGGUGCUUUGAAGUACAACUUCCCAAUAAGACUCUUAUCUUGGUGUCCUCCCCAAUCUGGGACAGCACCCCUCGCCCUUCUAGCAUGGCCUGCAAAGCUGCAUGUUGUGUCAAUUGGGAGCCUUGUUGUGCAAAAAAGUUCUCACUU